AUGCAAACCGUAUUUCUCGAGGAAUGCUUCAAACUUUCUUUCUUUUCUGAGUUAGCAAUUUCUGGCAUGCAAACAAUAGGCAAGGGUCAAGGGGUCUCACCUGGGGAAGGCACCGGUGCAACAAUGUCGGAUGAUGACGAUGACCAGGUAGAUAGUAAUGCUAACUUGUUUGAUGGAAGUUUAGAGGGUCCUGACAGCAUGGGAUUUGGUCCUCUCGUCCCGACAGAGAGUGAGAGAACCUUGAUGGAGCGUGUCAGGCAAGAGCUGAAGCAUGAGCUGAAGCAGGGUUACAAGGAGAAAAUUGUGGACAUUAGGGAGGAAAUUUUACGCAAGAGAAGAGCAGGAAAACUUCCAGGUGAUACCACGUCCAUCUUAAAAGCUUGGUGGCAAUCACAUGCCAAGUGGCCGUACCCAACUGAGGAAGAUAAGGCGAAGUUGGUACAGGAAACAGGCUUGCAGUUAAAGCAGAUAAAUAAUUGGUUCAUCAAUCAGAGGAAGAGGAACUGGCACAGUAAUCCUUCCUCUUCUACAGUCUUGAAGAGCAAACGCAAAAGGUGAAAACAGUGGUGAUCAUUUUGUGUAGAAAUGGUGGGAUAGGCCAGAUGACAAACUUCCCAUGUGAUCUCUGUUCAGGCUUCCACUUUGAUUAUACAUUGCGCAUCAGUUCACAUGCUACUAAUACAUAGAAAUAUGGUGGUAUAGGAUUGCCUUAAAAAACUCUGGAGUUCAGCUGAAUAAUCAAAUAUCUUGCUUCUAUGGAUAGAAGGGCUAACCUUGUGGAUGAAACGAUGGUAUAGAAUUCAAUUUGUGACCUUGAACAGGUAUGCCAGAAGACUGUAGAAGGCAUGUAUAUCAGGUGAUGCCAUGUUGUUAGAAAGUUCAAUGUAAGCAUAUGUAAAGAAACCUGAGGUGAAUCGUUCCCUCUGCGAUGGUGGAUUCAUAAAUUUUUUGUUAUUUGUGAAUACAAUAGGAAUAAGGUGUGGGUGUACAGUGUAAUAAUUUGGUGCAUGGUUCCCGACAAUACUUGUCUAUAGUUCCUUUUGCUAUUGUGCUUUAGUGUUUUAAUGUUAGACUUGUUUCAGAUAUGGGAAUACAAGGUUUUUUCUAUCUCUACUCAGUUGCAUAUGGAUGGCUAGCUCCUCAUGGAUCUUCUUUUUUUUGGAGACAUGGUUACAGGUGUAGAGUAUGCUAUUUCUUUCUAAUUAUUAAUUUGUAGUUUUGUGAACUUUCAUGGUUAGUGCAGGCAUAUUUGCAAAUAUUUUCGAGGCUGCCUACUGGG